UCUCCUAUCCAUGUGGAGGCGCUGUAGUGUGUUUGGACCCUAUGGUUCGAACGGGCAGUUUCUCAUCUCGCGCAGGAACUGAGGCAUCCUUGACAACAAUCGCCGGUUGUCUGUUGUUUGUGUGUUGGUGCUUUUGUUUACUUUUGGUGCCCUUCCGACCGUUAUUUUUAUUCAUAUAGAUUUUAAAACAUUUAAACACUCGUUUUAAUAUCGUCUCGCAACAUUUUAUAAGAAGAUUCUCUCGCACGCCCCGUUUUACGCCCCAUAUCAGUCAAGUUUUGUUUUGUAACGUGACAUGCAUCUGUAAAGGGGUUGUCAAGCUCAAUAAAACAUCUACAGCGGCUCCAUGGAACCCAGUAAUGAUGUGGCGCUUGAUAUCAUUGUUUCCAAUGUCGUAUCUGUCUUCAGAACCAGGUGCCAUCUAAACCUGCGUACCAUUGGCCUAGAGGGGUCUAAUGUCAUCUACAAACCUGAAAUGGGAAAAGUCCUGAUGAAGCUGCGGAAACCACGUAUCACUGCCUCUAUAUGGUCAUCAGGGAAAAUUAUUUGCACUGGAGCAACAAGUGAGGAGGAAGCCAAACUAGGUGCUCGACGGUUGGCCCGCUGCCUGCAGAAGAUUGGAUUCAAGGUGAGGUUCACGGACUUUAAGGUUGUCAAUGUGUUGGCAGUGUGCUCCUUGCCUUUUCAAAUUCGUCUCAUUGAGUUCACUAAGAAUAACCGCCCUAUUGCCAGCUAUGAACCCGAGAUCCAUCCUGCUGCUUCAUACAGGAUUAAAAACCUCAGGAGUACAGUGCAGGUGUUUUCCACAGGCAAUAUCACUGUUACAGGACCAAAUGUGCAGAGUGUGGCGUCUGCAGUGGAGCAGAUUUAUCCUCUGCUGUUUGAGUGUCAGAAAACACGGUCAUAAACCACACACGCAUAUGUAGGCACCGGUUUGAAAUGAAAAGCACCUUAUCAUUGAAUGUUUUAAGGCUUGUAACUGUUGUACUGUAUGUGUCUCCAAGGCAGCUUUUGCCAUUUCACGUCCAAGCGGGUCUGGGUCGUGUGUUUUCAGAGUCAUGCCUUUGAAUGCUGACUUUGGUGUUCGGACCCCACAGCGAUUAAUGAUGACCUCUUAAAGCUCAGAAGAGGACCAUUAGUGCAUUGACAUUGUGUUGCUGACAUUGUGUAGUUUAUAAACACUUGAAUUAACUAUUAUAUAAUGCAUGGACACCAAAGUAAAAGACAUUUAAGGAUCGCAUUUUACUGAAAGUUCUUGGAAAUUUUAGCUAAGUUGAUUCUAGUGAUGUCUUUGCAACUCAUUUAAUAAGUCAGAAGCGAGAAGUUAAAGGGCAAACACUAAACAUUUAAACAGCAGGUGAUGUAUAUCUGGUGUAUACUGUGGACAAGAACACUCUCGGUUGUGAAGGAGUCUUUGGUCCAUAUGUUUGUAAUAUGUUAAAACUUUUGUAUUUUAUAAUAAAGUAAAUAAAAUAACCCCUAUAUUAAAUCAUUGUUUCCAUGUCUCUGCAAGAGUAAUAUCCCAGCAUAACUCGUAUUUAGGCCCACAGGUCAUUCACAAAGUACUGCAUGUCCGCUGCCUCUUACUUAAUCGAUUUGUAACUAUUUUUUCGUUAAUUUGAUUGUACUUUCAUCUUUUAUAUUUUUAUCAUGUUUAAAUUUCAACCGCACAAACAUAUUUAGGCCUGUUAAUAGUCCACCUCUAACGCCCUU